AGGAAAAAAAAAACAAAAACACAAAAAGAGAAAAACAAAGAACGUUUUGCCAGCUCAAUCAUCAGUUUUUGCUUGGCCAAAAAUGUAAAAAACCAUGAAGAAACCAUAGAGAAGUCAAUUCUUGGAGAAAUUAUUAGGGUUUUUCUGUAUAGAAUCGUAGAAGAGAAAUGUCAACGUCAUGUUGCCAAGGUCUCUUAGCAUUUGUUUUGAAAUUCCUCAAUUUCUUACAAACCUUCAUUGGGAUUUCCAUUAUCAUUUACUCUGCUUAUAUGCUUAACCACUGGCAACAUCACCACAACCUUCAUGAUGCCCAAUUCUCCAAUUUGGCCUCAAUUGUAGCUUUUGAAGAUGGCUAUCAGUUUAAUAAAAAUUCGCUUCCAGCUCCAUGGUUUAUCUAUGCAUUCAUGGGAAUUGGUAUCAUCUUAUGUUGUAUCACUUGUAUAGGGCAUGUUGGUGCUGAAGCUGUUAAUGGAUGUUGCCUUUGCUUUUACUCUUUGCUUAUGACGGUUUUUGUACUCCUGGAAAUAAGUCUGGUAUCAUUUAUUGCACUUGAUCGCCGUUGGGAGAAGGAUCUUCCAAUGGACCCAACUGGAGAACUUCACAGCCUCCGCACCUUUAUCGAACAAAAUAUGGAUAUUUGUAAGUGGAUUGGCAUUGCUGUCAUUGUAAUCCAGGCAUUCUCCUUAUUUCUCUCAAUUGUUCUUAGAGCUUUGGUUAGCCCUAGAAUAAACCAUGAUAUGGAGGGAGAUUAUGAUGUUAUUGGAAGAACAAGGGAGCCACUGAUUGAUCCACAUUUAAGCCAAACAUCUGUGUUAGCUAAAGGUGAUGGAAGAGGUGGCCAUUCGGACAUUUGGAGUUCACGGAUGAGGGAAAAGUAUCAUUUGGAUGGAGAAGGUAGGCAGCAUAUACCAAGCCAAAACCCAUCAUGAGGAUAGUAAGAAAACACAGAGGACGUUGAAUCUCAUGGAAUAGAGAAACUGGCAACAUGCGUGAGUAUGAAACCUUGUUCAAUGAUUGUGUACCAUAAAUUCUAAACCUUUCAUUUGCUGUCUGUUUAUGUAAGGGCAUUGUACAUAUGUCUGCAGAAAGCAUACUGAUUUAGACAUUGCAAGGCUGGAAUGCAUAGAAAUGCAUAUCACCUUUGUUGAUUGGUCUUGUUAAUAGGGCGUUUCCUUUGUUGGGAAGCCCUUUACCAGAGUGCAUUUCUAGGUUGGAGUCAUAGUGAAAUUUGAUCUCUUUUUAAUUCUUCCAGGUGUAGCAACAAUUGUGUAUUGAGUCUCAAUGCAUGGUUUUUCAAGCUA